AUGGUUAUUCUGAGUGAUAUUGACCAAGGAUCCACAAGUCAAAGAUAUGACGUAUUUUUAAGUUUCAGAGGUUCCGAUACUCGUAACAAUUUCACCGAUCACCUCUACAAUGCCCUGAUUGAUGCCGAUAUAGAUACCUUUUUAGAUGAUGAAGAGAUCGAAACAGGGGAAGACCUGAAACCUGAGCUGGAGGAUGCCAUCAGAUCAUCAAGGGCUUCUGUUAUAGUGUUGUCCAAGAAUUACCCCACUUCCACAUGGUGUCUUGAUGAGCUGGCAUUGAUCCUUGACCAACGUCGGGUCUCUGACCAUAUUGUGAUCCCCAUCUUCUAUCAUGUUGACCCCACCCAUGUAAGGAAGCAACAGAACAGCUUUGGGGAUGCUAUGGAAGACCACAGACGGAAGAAGAUGGAGGCCGAAACAAACGCAGAGGAAAGAGUUCGAUGGUGUCAAAAGUUGGAUAGAUGGAAGAAAGCACUGACAGAGGUCGCCGACUUAAAAGGAAAAGACGUCAAGGGCAGGAAAGAGACAGAGUUUAUUGAAGAAAUUGUUACUGAAAUCCGCCAAAGAUUAGGUGUACCCUUGAGUAAUACUUUGCCACUCCUUAUUGGGAGGAGCUGUCACGUUGAAGAAAUCACGUCGUGGUUGACAGAUGGUUCUUCCAGUCAUAGUGCUGACAUUCUCACAAUUGUUGGCAUGGGUGGGAUUGGGAAGACAUCUUUGGCCAAAUAUGUCUUCCACUUGCACUCUCAUACAUUUGACAGGAGCAGCUUUAUUGAAGGUAUCAAUUUAAGAUGUACUGGAAAUUAUAAUGGAUUGCUUGAUGUACAAAAGCAACUUUAUGGUGACAUCUUAAAAAGGGACAAGCUACAAGUUCACGAUCCGCAUGUAUACACCUCCAAGAUUGAGAAAACAUUAGCCCGUGUGAAGGUUUAUUUAAUUCUUGAUGAUAUUGACAGUUUUGACCAGUUGGAUGCGUUAGUUGGAAACAAAGGUUUUUAUCCGGGUAGCAAAAUAAUAAUAACAACAAGGAACGCUUCAUUGAUAGACAGGUGUGCACUUUUCAAAUCAAAAGUUAACCCCAAGCAUACAAAGCUUGAAAUUAAAGGCUUAUAUGAAACUGCAGCACUACAGCUAUUACGUCUUCAUGCAUUCAAAUGCAAAGAUCCCAAAGAAGGUUAUGAAAAGGUUAUACAAAAGCUUGUGAAGUACUGUGAAGGACAUCCAUUGGCGCUUGAAGUUCUUGGAAAGUCUCUAUAUAAUCGAGAUAUACCUUAUUGGGAAGCAUGCAUAGAAAGCUUAAAGAAUGAAACUCAUUCGGAUAUAAGGACCGUCUUGCAGAUGAGUUUCGAUUCCUUGCCAUUCCCCAAUGAUAAGGAAUUAUUUAAGCAUAUUGCUUGUUUUUUUGUUGGAUUAGAUCGAGAGAUUAGCGAGAAAAUACUAAAGGCGUGUAAUAUAAACACAAUAUCUGGAAUACCGAAUCUCAUCGAGAGAUGCCUUCUUAGUAUUGGAUGGGGUAAGAAGUUGAUGAUGCAUCAACUACUUCAAGAUUUGGCGAAAGCUUUAGUACGUGAAGAAUCACCCGAUCAUCCUGGAAAGCGCAGUCGAUUGUGGUGUCAUGAUGAGUCAUUUAAAGUGUUGAAAAGGAAAAAGGGUACUGAAAAACUUAAAGGCCUCGUCCUUGACACGAGAAUGCUUGAAAAAGAGAAGUUUUGUGGUCUGAAUACAGAUGCCUUUAGAAAUAUGGAUAAUUUAAUGAUACUACAUCUCAACUAUGUGCAACUCAGUGGGUCUUAUGAGAAUUUUCCAGAAGAACUAAGAUGGCUGCGUAUGCAUGGAUUCCCUCUAAAGUCGAUACCUUCAGACAUACCAAUGGAGAAGCUGGUUGUUCUGGACAUGUCACGAAGCAAUAUCGAAUCAUUUGGCACGUGUAGUACUAGUUGUAAUCCUCAACCAUGUGAGGGUGGGCAAAAGCCCCAGAUCACACACAAACUCACCAAAUGA